UGCCCAAUCUCCAACAUGUCCGCCAAAAGUACGGAGACAAACAAGAUCGUACCUGCAGAAAACAGGGAUUACGGUCAAGUUCAGCCCGUUAAUGUGGAGACAUGGCUCGAGGAGAACGAAAAGUUCUUCCUGCCUCCAGUCUGCAACAAGCUGAUGUGAGUCUUGCUCCACCUUCCGCGCUAAAGCUAGUUAGGCAUAACUGGCAAUUGAAGGUCAUGUUUGUCGGAGGACCAAAUCAGCGCAAGGACUAUCACAUAGAGGAGGGAGAGGAGCUGUUCUACAUGGUGAAGGGGGACAUGUGCCUGAAGAUUGUGGAGCAGGGGAAACACAAGGAUGUGGUAAUCAAGGAGGGUGAGGUGUUCCUGCUGCCAGCUCGAAUCCAACACUCCCCCCAGCGUCAGGAGAACACCAUUGGGCUGGUGCUGGAGAGGGAGAGGGGAGCCGGGGAGACGGACGGGUUGAGGUAUUUUGUAGAUGGGACCACAGAGAGGCUUUACGAGAAAUGGUUCCACUGUACUGACCUUGGUGCUGAACUCAAACCUAUCAUUGAAGGAUACUUCAAUUCCACACAGUACAAGACAGGAAAGCCAAUUCCAGAGGAGCUUCAAGCAAUCCUGCCAUUUGAGCUGGACAUGAAGACAGUGGUGAUGAAGCCAUUUCCCCUGAAGGACUGGAUACAGGAGCAUAGGAGGGACAUGGAUGAAGAUGGAGGGGUCUCCAUGUUUGGGGAGAAGUUCCAGUUUGAGACCAGAAUGUUUGGAAGUGGGAAGGCAGAGGGCAGCAAUGCUACAGCAGAGACAUGGCUGUGGCAACUGGAGGGUGAGGCCAAGGUGACAGUUGGGGACCAAGUCCAUAACCUGGCGGCACACAACAGUCUGCUCAUCGCUCCUGGACAGCUGUACAGGUAUGAGGGUACAGAGGGAGCAGUGUGCAUGGCUAACCUACAGGAUCCUAAUAGGAAGAGUUGAGAUGUGUUGAUCUGCACACACACAACACCAUUAUAAGUAUAUCUAUAUGUUGUACAGAACCAAUCAUUGAAGCUUGAUUUAGACGCACUUCCUGCAAGUUAACAGUUUAGCAAGCAAAUCAUUUAACCAUUUCUGUGGAGCUAAUAAGAAACCAUUAGGAACAUUUGUGGCAAAAUAUAUAAGAGCUAUGACAUAUGUAGUAAACUUUGAUUGAGUCAGAAGAUUUAACAAUCUUCAAACAUAAUUGUAGUAUGCUACAAAAGAAAAACAAAGGUCUGGUGAAUUAUGGAUUUUUCAGAGUUUUUGUGUACACUUCAGACUGAUUCUUUGAACUGUGUAAACUUAAGUAAACUGUAGUAUUAUCUUAUGAAGGCCAAUUAUAUAUACCGGUAGUAAACUAUGUGAAACAUUGGCAGGUUUUAGUUUAAAUUCCCAACAAGACAUUGUUGCUUAAAGAAAUAAGAACUUGCAAAGCGAUUUUAAGCUGUGGGAGUGAUGAAAAGUUGCUUUUAUUCCAUAUAUAAUACACCUAUCGUGUUGCUU